CGUUCAGCCAAUCAGCUGCAGUUGUGUGUAGAAGGCGGGCGUUGAUUGGCUGAGAGGUCUGAGGAGUUGAAUGUCCUCAAACACUCGCAGUUUCCUCGCACAGGUGAGCAGGCAGGAGUCUCGUGCGUGUUUCCACAGAUUGAACAUCGCUUUUCCAUCAUCACAAGAGGAUCUUAAUCCGACUGAAAUAUUUAAAUACCACUCUUUCUUCAAAUGUGCGAUGCCAAAAAGUGACAGCUGGCCAGGGGUCAUUUCAAAGGAACCCAUGUCUGGUAUGGACAGUGCAGGAAGCUGUGAUAGCAUGAUCAGCAUCAACUCUACUUUUAGCAACGACAGCCUAGAGCAUCUCUCGGCAGAGGAGAAAGCAUGUCUUAUGUUUCUGGAGGAGACCAUUGACUCUUUAGAUGUUGAGGAUGACAGCGGACUGUCUAAUGAUGAGCCCGACCGCCCCUCUUACAUCACGGCAGGAAAAAUGACUCAGAACCCAUCCAUCCACCACAACAAACUGGAGGCCCAUGGGGACCCAAAUAAAGUCUUGGGAAAAGAUCACAGACCAUCUCAGAGGUACCUUGUGCCGACUCCAUUACUCGUUGCCACCGGAAAUGCCAAAAUGGAUACUAGACCUGGUGAAUUAUCUCCAAAAGCGAAACCUGCAGUGUUCAUUGAUUCACCUGAUGGGCUCAGAUCAACCCCUGACCAUCACCAAACAGCGCUGGCAGCUUUACAAAGAGCAGGAUCUUCGAAAGUAGCACCGGCUAAACCGAGUAUUGAACCUUCAAGGGAGGAAGCUGACCUGCCACCUUCUUUCAUACCCGAACCUCCAGCAAGAGCUCGCAUAUCAGAGUCUAAACACAGUCCACCGAAGAGUUUAGAUACCAAGAAUCACAAGGGCGUUACUCCAGAGAUGCUGUUGGGUUGGAUUCCUCCACCUUCAGACUUCAUGGAUGAACCAGAAAAGAAGAGAGACCCUCCACAUUCACAGCUGAAUCUUUCUGUUGUUGAUGGACCACCAGAAUGGACUCCCGAAAUCCCCAAAAUAAAACGACACUCUUAUGGUGGAUCUGUCAAGCCAGAGUUGAUCAAACCACAGAGUAUAGAAAAGUCAAGAGCAUCAUUGUCUAAAAAUGACAUUGAAAACUUGCGGCAGAAGGCCUUGAUGAAGAAAACACCUCUGACGCCGGUGAUGAUUGCGCAACAUUCUGCAGCGGACUAUCCAAGGACACCUUCGCCAUCCUCCGAGCAUCCUCCAAGUGAACCCAAAAUCCCACCGCCUGUGGCACCCAAACAAAAACUCCCUUCUAAUAUUAUCCUCAAAAGUCACAAAGAAAGCGGAGCUGCAAAUCCUCUACUCUCACCGACCGAUCGCACCCUGAUGGAUCAACAGAAGGUUCAUAAGGAGGCUUUGAGAAAAUUAGGCCUGUUGAAAAGUGAUGAGGUCGAUUCAAGGCCCGUCUCUACUGCUCAGUCGCCACCAUUCAAAUCCAAAGAUCUGAGUCCAGUGUCCCCUCGUAGUCCACCUGUGUACCCAACAUCUCCUACUGUGGAGCCUCUGCAGGACCGAUCCAGAAGCUCCACAUUAGGGGAUAUCCACCUACGAACAGACUCGACAAAACACAGAGACAUGUUGGAAACCGCUUUACAGAAGCCGCCGGCACGACCCUACGAGAUCAAAUCGGCAUCCUUGGGCAGAACAGGCGUGGGUCUUAACAGCGUUGUCGUGGGACCCAGAACCCAGGCUUCGAACUCAGACCUGACCAAUGUCGAGUUAUCACCUGGACAGUUACGAAAAAGCCGAGCUCGACCUCACUCCAGUGGAAGUGUGAAGGAUGUCGAUAUUGACCAUUUAGCUAAUAAAUCCACCAAAUCGCUCCACGCUGCUUCAGCUCUGCCCACACAGCCAGCCGGUGAUGCCCAAAAGAUGCCGCGGUUCAAUGGGAUAAGUGUGGUAAUUUCUCCGCACGGAAAGAAUGGAGAGAACCGGCGUGAAGCUUUGAAGAAACUGGGAUUAUUGAAGGAUGGUAAUAGUCACUAAGUUUGUUUUUCUGGGAACUGAAAUGGGUUCAGAAUCUGUCGGGGAUGAGAAUUGACUCUCUUAUAUGAACAUUGAAAGGAUGCCAGACCUUAAAAAAACCUGCUAAAGUUCAGUUUUAUGUUUGGUUUUGGUUUUGUCUUUAGGGUCGAUUUGCAUCAUAUGAACAUAUGCACUUUGUUGUAAAUUGUUUUGCAUUACAACGUUAUCGUUUAAAGGUCGUUAUCGCUUUAUUUUGAUUAAAAAGGUUAAUGUAGUUUGUAAUAUUUACAGCUUAAAGCUAAAAUCUUUAAUGUGCGGGCAUGUUUCAGACCGUUUGUGUUGUGUAAAAUCUCUGCUGUAUAUAUUUCUUGUUAAAUGGUGCUGCUUAUGUCGAUGUAAAAUUUGAAAUAAAUACUUGUUAUUUGUGUUUAUGAACAUUCAGUUCAUAAAUUAAGUAGAAGUAAUGAAUUAAAUUCUUCAUUGUUUUUAAGACUUUAUAUUAUUUAUAAGGGAUUCUACUCAUGUAAAAAUUUUGAUUAAUCGGUCGUGUUCAAAGAAAUCAAAAGUGUUCAAAGAAAAAGGAAAAGUUAAUCUGACUAACCAGCCUGAACUCACAGGAAUUCAUAUUUUACGAGUUCGUAUGAAUUUUUAUGAAUCGUACAUUCAGGGACAAAAACAAAUUGUACAAAAACGCAUGAAUGUGGUCGUACGAAUUCGCCAACUCGUGAAUUUCCAUGAGACUGUUUUGGACUGCAGAUUCAAAGAAAUGUGUAAAUAUGAAUAUACUGUAUUGUAAUGGCUAUAAAAGAAAGUAAAAACAAGA